AUGUUUCAGGCCCGACAGAGUCGUAACCUCCAGCCCUCCAAAGUUCCUUCCUCGCGAAUAGGACGUCUGUUCCAUUAUGGAGGUCUAGCCGCUUCGCUAGGAUACGGCGCUGCGACGGAACUCAUUCGUCGCUCAACGUCGUCAGACAAGACAGCAGCCGGCUCGCUCAUGCUUACAGAAGCCAACGUCAAGCGUCUCGUGUCAAAAUUGACGCAAAUGCGUGGCGCCGCGCUCAAGAUCGGUCAGUUCAUGAGCAUACAGGACAGUCAUGCUCUACCACCCGAGUUAGAGGAGAUUUUCCGCAGGGUCCAAGACAGCGCGAACUAUAUGCCGGACUGGCAGAUGGAGCAAGCGAUGCGAGACUCCCUCGGGCCUUCAUGGCAAGACAACUUCGCCUCCUUCGAUCGCAUCCCAUUCGCCGCCGCCUCCAUCGGCCAAGUGCACCACGCGACCCUCGCGGCCCAUGCCUCGCCAACUGGUGCACCCGAGCGCGUCGCGGUCAAAGUACAGUUCCCAAAUGUCGCGCGCUCGAUCGCGAGCGAUCUCGGAUACGUGAAGGUGUUGCUCACCGCGGGCUCGAUCCUCCCCAAAGGGCUUUUCCUGGACCGCACACUUGCAGUGAUGAAGGAGGAGCUCGCGGACGAGUGUGAUUAUGCACGCGAGGCGGCUUUCGCUCGCCGCUUUGCGCAGGAGGAUCACCUUGGAACAGAUGCGCACUUCAAGGUGCCAUGGGUAUGGGAGGACAGCACGGACAGAGUGCUUGUCAUGGAGUAUGUUGAGGGCAUAAGCGUGGGUGGAUCAGAUGUCGAGCGGUUGAGCUCGCAGGACAAGAACGACAUCGCUGCCCGUAUUGUCGAGCUGUGUUUGCGCGAGCUCUUCCACUUCAGGGUGAUGCAGACAGACCCCAACUGGUCUAACUUCUUGUGGAACCCUCUCUCGCGCAAGAUUGAGCUCGUCGACUUCGGCGCGACGCGCGAGUACUCGAAAGAGUUCAUCGACAACUGGCUCCGUCUUCUCUCUGCGGCCGUUGCCGAAGACCGAGAAGGCUGCAUCGAGUGGUCGCUCAAGCUUGGUUACCUCACUGGCAACGAGAACGAUACCAUGCUCAAUGCACACGUCGAGUCCAUGACGCUCCUCGGCACGCCGUUCAACCCGCGCACCACACAACCGUUCACGUUCGGCCCCGGUUCGCCUUGGGCGGACAUCACCGCACGUAUCCGCGAGCAGAUCCCGGUCAUGGUUCAGCACCGCUUGACGCCCCCGCCCCGCGAGACAUACAGUCUCAACCGGAAGCUGAGCGGCGCGUUCCUACUGGCCGCUCGUCUCGACGCGAAGGUCGACUGUCGCGUGCUGUGGGAGCGCGUCGUGAAUGGGUACCGGUUUGGAUGA